GUAGUACUAAAGGCAAAAAAAAAAACCUUUUCUUUCGCCUUACGCCAAGGGGAAGGGGUGUGCAUAGGAGGUGAAAUUAAAUUUGCUGAAAGCUUUCUUAUUUAAAGUACAUACUGUAAUCUUUUCCUGUAACUAUUGUCUUUAAUCCGUUUCACUACAACGACCAACGCGCCUCAUAUCAAAGACAAGAUGCUUCACACAGUGACUGGACCAGGGGCGCUGCCCUUUGCUGUGCAGUUGAAGGCUCUGACUGACCAGGAGUUCAGGUACCAGCCCAAGCUGAGCGGGCUGAGGAUCAUUGAGACGGCCCAUGACAACUGCCUGAGGAUGACCGCCCGGCUCAGGGAGUAUGAGGUGAAGGACCUCCUGUCUCUGACCAGGUUCUUUGGCUUCAGCGCAGAGACCUUCUCCCUGGCCGUCAACCUGCUGGACCGCUUCCUCGCUGUAAUGAAGAUCCAGCCAAAGCACCUGUCAUGCGUGGGCCUGUCCUGUUUCUACAUCGCUGUGAAGACCACGGAGGAGGAGAAGAAUGUCCCCAUGGCCAACGAGCUGAUCCGGAUCAGCCAGAACCGCUUCACCGUGUCCGACAUGAUGAGGAUGGAGAAGAUAAUUCUGCAGAAACUCUACUGGAAGGUCAAAGCCCCCACAGCCCUCCACUUCCUCAGGCUGUUCUACAGACGGAUACAGGACACGCUUGAAGAUGACUGCAAGGAUAUCAUGAACGUUGAGAGACUAGAAGCACAGCUGAAAGCCUGCCAUUGCUCUUUCACUUUCUCCAAAGUCAAGCCCUCUCUGCUUGCCCUGUCCUUGUUGGCCCUGGAGCUUCAGGAGCAGCAUGACCAUGAGCACAUAGACAAGCUACUGAACGCCUUCCAGUCUCUCCAGCAGCAACUCACUGUCCGAGAAGGAGACCUGGUUAUCGUGACAGAGUUGGUUAUGAAGUGUCUGAUUGAGUAUUCAACCACCAAGGUCUCCAGGCCUAACGGCCAGAGGCUUCGUUGGAUCCUCUCUGGCAGAACGCAACGCACGUUGAAACACAGCUACUACAAGAUCGCCCAUAUGCCCACAAUCCCCGAGUCUGCCUACUGAAGCCUGGGGCUGGGUGACCACCGAUACAAAAGUAGGAGUACACUGAUACAAAAGGAGAAGUAGGUUACCACCAUGUCUCCCCUAAAAAUGUUUUGUUUUUCAGUUUAAUGGGGGAGAAUUUGACAAAGCCCCCCAAACUACAACUUCUGGUACUCUACAGUUGCUAACGUGGUCACCUACCUCCAUCACUAACCCAUUUCCCUUACAGAACUGCAUUAUGGAUAAUGCAGUUCUUUAAGGAGAAAACCUGUAACAAACUUAUUUCCCCCUUUCUCCUGGUUUUUGUUCUCAUGGUACUUUUUGAAUAAGCUCACUAUUUAUUAGCCUACAUCUGCUUCAUUGACUAGGUGUGCAUCUGAAAUGGCACCCUAUUCCCUAUAUAGUGCACUACUUUUGAUAAGAGCUGAUUUGUUCUUUUAAAGGGAAUAGGGUACCAUUGAGAAGGCACACUAAGGGAGUAAUGCCCGGUCAAGUGGGUUUAUCCGCUGCCACCUAGCGAAGGUUAAAUCCUUCCUGGUUGAAAUGCUUGCACGCGUGUAUACAGUAUGUUCUUAUCUGAAUCAGUAGCAACAUGAAUACUCUGCAUAGUAUUCUAUUGUGGUUGCUGGUUUUAAGCAAUGAAGUAUAGAACCACCUAGGUCCUCAGUCCACUAUGUGGAAGAGGAGGGAGAAGGGUUUUGUGAAAAUGCAAAACAAUGGAACCAAGAAAUCGGACCCAAAACCCUUAACUUCCACCCUAGGUUGAUGAACUAGCCUAAAAAUGCACACUCCUCUACCCAAGGUGAACGUUUUCUUUUUUUACUAUUGAAAUAUUUAUAUAUUUUUUGUACUUGUGGAGGACGUUUGUUGAGGUUUCCUCAGUGAUGUGAUGAUCCUGCACAUGCAUUGGUUUUAGCUUGCAGGAUAGCAUGCUGAAACUGGCUGUGGUUGACAUGGUACCCCACUAGGGUGCCAUUUUGGACACAACCACUAUCUUCUAAUGUAAUGUUGACUAUUACUAACAAGGGUUACAGAUGGAUCACGAUUACAAAAUGUGAUGUUGAAUUACCUCGAUUUGUGGCAAAAUCUUAGCCUUUAAAAAACAACCAUUUGCAAAUGCACUCUAAGUCACUUAAGUAAGCACAGUAGAUAUAGGAAAUUAAGUUGGUCUAGCAAAUGCAAAUCAAACUAUUUGCAUUUGACCGUAGGCCCCACAAUUGAUCUGACAAAUGAAGUUUAAGAAUUUGAAGUUGAUGUUCUGGAAUUUGAAAACUUUUCCUUAAAGUUGGAACUACACCACCUGUUCAACCCAUGUGUUUGUACCUUUCAAUAAAAUGAUAUUGAAAAGCUG